AUGCAGGAACAGCGGAAACGAAGUAUCUCCGAUGUGAUCGAGAGUAUCGGAUAUGGUCCUGCCCAGAUAGUGACCUGUUUUUUGGUGAAUGGAUCAUGGCUUGCAGAUGGCUGUGAAUUGCUGGUGCUGAGUUCAAUCAACACCAUUUUGGCUACGGAGUGGGGUCUCAGUCCUCUUCAAAAAGGUCUCUUGCUAUCGUCGGUCUAUGUGGGCGUCCUUUUGGGGAAUCUCCUCAGCGGCUGGGUCGGCGACACUAUGGGACGGAGAAAAGCGGUCUUGAUGUGUCUCUGA